AAAACAGAUAACUUUUACUGAACAUAACCUUACCUCGAAUGUGCCACAAAAUAUCCCCCUUAAAACAUAUAUAUAUAUAUAAACAAACCAGGGGGUUGUUCUGACUGUGCAACUUUCUGUUUCAGAACUGCUAUAGUCAAAUUGAUCUGCAAAAAUUAAGAGGAUCCUAAAUUAAGUUGAACUGAAGCGCGAGAUGUCGACCGGUCCCAGUUCAAAGGAGGCCCAUGACCUCCCUAAGAAAGUACCCAAGGAGUUAAUAACCCCUUAUAAAUUGACCAUUGCAAUCCUAAUCAAAUGUUACUGCCAAUGCAAAGAAUCAGUUUCUUGUAGGCGAAUUUCAGAUUAUGACGACAUCUGAUAAGCUUCUAUUGCAAAAAUCAUUUUGCAUAAUUGCCCUCAAGGUGUUACAUGGCCCUGAUCUGGGGCUGAUUGAGAUCAGAAACAUUGUGGCUGCAGCACCCGCGCUAAGCACAAUCCCCAUUCAGUUUGGCGAGAGUCUAAAGCAACUUCACCUCAAUGGUGUUGGGAAAUUAUUGGACGUCAUUGAGGAGCUAAAGCUGAUUGUAAAUGGCGAACCCAGUCAGCUGGAUAAAUCAUCUGUCGCUUCCGGCACAGUGCUUACAAAAACUGGUUGCAUUGGCCAUUUUCUGCGGCGUUUUAUUGUGUUUUUCGAAAAAUUGACUUUUUCCGAGGUCUCUAUCUUGCACGCCGCAUACACUAUCUAUUACGAAGAGGGCAUUGCGCUAGCACAGUGUGGCUCAUCAGCCGCCAAUUUGAAUCGGCACAAAUGGGAAGACAAACCCUGGUCUCGACGACAGGCAGAACUAUUUCUAUGCACGCAAGCUGCUCUGUACGAAAACGAUGAGAGUCGAGCUCUAAAUCCACAGGAACUGCAAGCGAAGAUUACGAGCAUGUUGAAGUCUAAUCCAGACUUAGCUGAAGCACACUUUAUGUCCUUCUUAAACUACCUAAAAGUGAACGAUAUCUGUGGGGCAAUGAAAACACUAUUCCACUGUUUUGACCGCCGCACGAAUCCGGACGUAAAAGUGUUUAACGAUGACAAGAGUAAGGAGCACCGCUAUGCCGCCCUAAAUUUAGCAAUUCUUCAUCAUCACUUCGGCCACACGGCGGAAGCCGUGGCGUGUUUGAAAGAGGCAAUAAAAAUUGCCCACGAAGCCAACGAUCUGCUCUGCUUGCAGCAUGCUCUUUCGUGGCUGUAUCGGUUCUCUAACGUGAACAAAGACAACUUAAUCAUUCAGUGCAUCAUCAAAACAUUCGAAUUAAACAUCAGUUACACCACGUCUCUGGCUCUACAGGACUUUGCACAAUAUGGCAGCGUCAAGACUGCAGUGAAACCAAAGGUUCUUUUUAAGACUUUGAGCAAAAGCGACGUGCUGAACUCUCAGCACAGCUUCAAAGAUCUGAUUUUUAGCAACAACGCCAUGAAAUCCUCCUUGUGGCGGCUAUAUGGCAAAACGCUUUUGUGUUCGUUAUGGGCACACGAGCUUCUGAAUCUGAACACAUUCCUGCCUCAAACCUCAGCUUAUUAUGGUGAGGGUUAUUUGCAGUCCGUUUGCAACGUGGCAUUGCAUUUAUUGGCAGAGGGCGAAUAUGCUCUCACAAAUACAAUUCUCCAGUAUAUGAAGACCAAAUACCCGCACGAGCCGCUUGCUAGAAACUGGAUGUUAGUCGAGAAUUGGUCGCAUUACACCCUCGCUCUCUACCACCAAAGGUAUAGUGUGGCAGAGGAAGUUGCUCAGAAGAUAAAAGUGUUGGACAAAUGGGAGGGCCUUUUAAAAAUGGCCGAAGUCAACUUGUAUCGAGGCGAAUUCACUCGAGCCCAUGCCAUCGUCGGCGUUAUUUUAAAGCAUUACAAUCGGGACGAACACUUGAACGACGGCAAGUAUUGCCUACUCCGUGCCAAACUUCUCCAGGCCGAAAUCUAUUAUACGAGCAACUCUUCAGCAGUAGGGGUUGCGGAGACUCUCUUGGAGACCUGUUUAAUGGAGGCGACAACGUCGGGACUGGCAUACUUGAUUGCACUAAUCCAUUUGCACAUUUCCCACUCAUUUCUGGCACAAUCUAUGCAAACUCAGGCGCUCAGAAACCUGAAGCAGCGGAAGUGCAUGACCGAAAUUAUGGGCAAUGGGAGUCUCUACGAUCGUGCCCGAGCCAAUCAACUCUACAUCAGGAUCAAGAUCCUAAACUCCGAUAAAUCCCAAGAAGAAAGCUACCGCAAAACAUUGUUGCAAGCAGUCAACGAUCUAGAGACGGUCAAGAACGACUUCAAAAAGCUGGAAGCUAACGCCAGAGUCAAGAAUGUGCUGAACAUACAGGCACAUUUAUAUAAUGCGCUAAAAAUGGACACCGAGCGCAACAACUGCGCUUUCGAAUGCCAGAGACUUGAUUUGUCCUUUGCGGAACGACCAGCAUCAAAGCUAUUAAGGUAUCUGUGAUUUGUUUGAUUGGAAUUUUUCGGGAUUUACAUUUCAUAGAAUCGGACACUAUUUGGCACAGUUGCUCGCAUGUAUUUGUUAUCUGGUCUCAUUGAGUGUUGAGUGGCGUGUCUUCAAAUUUAACUCAACUUGUUUUGAAAUGUUAAUGUACCUAUCUAAUUUUAGCGUUGUUUUUCAUGUUUUUUAUUGCAGCGAAUAAAGUAUUAUUAUUUUUCCAA